AUAUGUAAUAAUAUGUUAUUAAAAAUAGGUACAUUUCGUUGAAGCCGUUCGGUACGUGGGUGUGAAAAAAAAUUGCGGCAGUUUAUUUUCGUCAGCAGCCGUUCGCCGUUGAAAUUUCAACGGCGUCUCCGUCCGUGCAUCUGUUCUAAAUGCGAUUUCCGUCAAACGAACACGGCGACGGGUGUACCGUUCGGGCGCAAAUUUACACCGUUUUAGGAACCCCUGGGACACCAAUUGUUUUCCUACGGUUGUGGAAUUCGUGUUUGUGUGUACGUAAAUAAAACAUAUAAUUUUUGGUGACAAUUAAAAACACAUUCCCGUUGUUGAGGAAUAUCGAGCGGCCGCCCGAUCUCGAACACUGGCUAUACGCGUUGAUGAACUGCGGCACGUCCAUCGCCUCGGCCACCGCCACGACCAACUGCGUCCACCGUCAGCCCAGCGCCGCCAAAUAGGUAGUCGUAUGACAACAUUACUGCACAGCCGUCGACGUCUGUAUAGUAGGCGGUGACCGUUGUCGUCGUAAAACCGAUCCGAAAAUAGUUGACGGGCGUCUGGCCGAAUCGGUGUACAAAACACCCUUGGCGACUUAUGUGGUGGCCGACAUGAAAGAGCUGAACCGGACGGCGUCGACAAAAAAAAAAUCGCCCAGCAACUCUAAUGGUAUGAUAAAAAAAGUGUCGUCGCUGUUCAGCCUAGACGCACAGAUGAACGGCAACACGAAACCCGAGUGGAUCGUCGACGAGAUCACCUUGGAGAGGGGCGACUCGGGUCUUGGGUUUAGUAUAGCGGGAGGUACAGACAAUCCGCAGACGGAUGAUGACACUUCGAUAUUUAUUACAAAAAUUAUUCCCGGCGGUACAGCGUAUAGGGACGGCCGAUUAUGUGUAAACGACAUCAUUACCAAAGUAAAUGAUACUCCUGUAGUUGGCGUCCCCCAUUCGACCGCUGUAAAUGCGUUAAAAAGAGCUGGACAUACUGUAACGUUAUGUGUGAAACGCAAAAAAAUGAUUUUUCCAUCUGGUCCAAAUAUAAUGGAAAUAGAGCUCAGCAAAGGGACAAAGGGAUUAGGAUUUAGUAUUGCUGGUGGCAUAGGAAAUCAACACAUUCCCGGUGACAAUGGAAUAUAUGUUACUCAAAUCAUGAGUGGUGGUGCAGCUCAAGUAGAUGGUAGACUAAUGGUUGGUGAUAAACUGAUAGCGGUCAAAAAUACUCUACUCAGUGAUCGUAUAUUAGAAAAUGUAACACACGAAGAAGCUGUCCGUACAUUAAAAAAUACUAGAGAAAAAGUUUUGUUGGUCGUUGGCAAAGCUGAACCCAUAACGUAUACCGAUUCCAGUUCUUUUCCCAUGACUGAAACGAUUCCAAACUCUUACUCAACUGACACACUAAAUACUGUUAAAAGUUACGAGAACAUGCAAAACCACGAUGAAAGAGUAGUGGUAUUACAUAAAGGUUCUGGUGGCUUAGGAUUCAACAUUGUUGGCGGUGAAGACGGUGAAGGUAUAUUUAUAUCGUUAAUAUUGGCUGGUGGACCAGCUGAUCAAACAGGGCAGCUUAAACGAGGCGACACCAUACUAAAAGUCAAUGAUGUCGAUUUAAUAAAUGCGACUCAUGAGGAAGCAGCAGAUGCCCUUAAGACUGCUGGACAAACUGUUGUACUAACUGUUCAACAUCGACCUAAGGAUUAUAAUAGAUUUGAAGCCAAAAUACACGAACUAAAAUCUCAACUAGCAGCUUCGACUGGUACAUUAAUGCGUACUACUCAAAAGAAAACGCUCUAUGUUCGAGCUCUGUUUGACUAUGAUCCCUCGAUAGAUGAUGGUCUUCCAAGUAUCGGAUUGCCAUUCAAAUAUGGUACAAUAUUACACGUUACUAAUGCAAGCGAUGAUGAAUGGUGGCAGGCACGUAAAGUUCUAGCUACUGGCCGAGAAGAAGGCAUCGGCAUUAUUCCAUCUAAACGGCGUUGGGAGCGCAAGCAAAAGGCUAGAGACCGGUCUGUUAAGUUCAGAGGGAACGAGAGCAAAAGCCUAGACCGUUUGUCCACAUUAGAUAGAAAAAAGAAAUCAAUGACUUUCAGCAGAAGGUUUCCAUGGGUAAGAAGAGGUAAAGAUGGUAAAUAUGAAAAUGGAUUGGACGAUAUGGUUUUGCAAAGACAAUCGAGAGAGAAUAUUUGUGAAAAAAUUGAAGAGACGCCUUCUUAUGAAGCAGUUGUACGCCUUCAAAUUACAUACACUAGACCCGUCAUCAUUCUUGGACCUCUCAAGGACAAAAUCAACGACGACCUUAUAUCUGAAUAUCCGGAGCGCUUUAGCUCUUGUGUUCCGCAUACAACUCGUGAAAUAAGACCAGACGAAGUGGACGGUCGUGACUACCAUUUUGUUAAAUCACGAGAACAAAUGGAUCUAGAUAUCCAGAACCAUUUAUUCAUCGAGGCUGGACAGUUUAACGGCAAUUUGUAUGGAACAUCAGUGUCGUCUGUUCGCCACGUAGCAGAAUCAGGUAAACAUUGUAUACUAGAUGUAAGUGGAAAUGCCAUUAAACGUCUCCAAGUGGCCGGGCUACAUCCAAUUGCAAUAUUCUUCAAACCAAAAAGCGUAGAGGCAUUAAUGGAAAUGUGCAAACGUAUGAGCGAAGCAGAAGCCAGAAAACAUGUAGAACGUGCAGCUAAAAUAGAACAAGAAUUCGGUGAUCAAUUUACAGCUAUUGUACAAGGAGAUACCUACGAAGAAGUGUACGAUAAUCUUAAAGCGAUGAUAGAACGACAUUCUGGCCGUCAUAUUUGGGUGUCAUCUAAGGAAAAACUCUAAAAAAAAUUUACAUAAUCUUAGUUGUAACUUUUAGACAAAUUUAUAACGAAAAUCAUACAUGUAAUUAACACAUAAUUGUUAUCGGUGGUGCAAUAUGUGCACGCUAUUGUAUUUUUCAUAAAAUAUUAUUGAUUUUUGUUUCACCACUGUA